AUGAAGAUCAAAGGAAACAAAAUUGGGGGAGGAAGUUGGACCAGCCUAGGGUUGCCGUCGAUUUUCCUCCUGUGCCUCUUCUUCUUUCUCGCCGGUUUUUUCGGUUCAUCGCUUUUCUCGCAGGAUCAGGAUGUGACCGGUAAUUUGAAGCCCCGGAUGCUGGGAUCGGAGGAGGAGAAGAUGGUGGAGUUCGAGACGCUGCCACGUGGGGAUUCUGGCGGAGACUCCGUCGAGAGGAUUCCCUUUCAGAUCCUGAGCUGGAACCCUCGAGCAUUAUAUUUUCCAAAUUUUGCUACUGCAGAACAAUGCCAAAACAUUAUUAAGAUAGCAAAAGUCCAGCUCACACCAUCAUCCUUAGCUCUUCGUCCUGGAGAAACAGCAGAAACUACUAAAGGAAUUAGGACAAGUUCUGGGAUGUUUGUUGGCGCCUCUGAAGACAAAACUGGGCUGUUGGAUCAAAUUGAUGCGAAAAUUGCUAAAGCAACAAUGAUACCGAGGUCUCAUGGAGAGCCCUACAAUAUCCUGCGUUAUGAGAUUGGCCAGAGAUAUCACUCACAUUAUGAUGCGUUCAAUCCUGCUGAAUACGGCCCACAGAAGAGCCAAAGGGUUGCUUCUUUCCUGCUUUAUUUAUCGAAUGUUGAAGAAGGGGGUGAAACCAUGUUCCCUUUUGAGAAUGGGCAAAACAUGGACGGGAAUUAUGAUUUUACCAAAUGUAUUGGCCUAAAAGUAAAGCCUCGCAUGGGAGAUGGACUUCUGUUUUACUCUUUGUUCCCAAAUGGUACAAUUGAUCCUACAUCUCUUCAUGGGAGCUGUCCGGUUAUCAAAGGUGAAAAGUGGGUGGCCACGAAAUGGAUCAGGGAUCAAGAACAAGAUGAUGAAAAUGCUAGUUAG